UCAAGCGAGAGCAGAGUAAAACUGUUGCAGGAGCGGAGCGACACCGGGCAAAAACUACACAACUAUGGGCUUUUAGUGGAUUAAUAACAGCGCAGGAAACGUGUGUAUUUGGUCGUACAACCACUUCCUCUCCAGCAUUCAUCGACGUAUUGUUUGGCGCUUUAGUUGACACGGAGUUGUUUCUAGUCGGAUGGGAGCGAGUGAGACGGGCUAGUUUAGAGACGGCUCGGUUUAACUAAUUUAGAGCUUUAUUAGUUCAAUGUCCACAGUAAACUACACUGAGGAGCUGGACUUCAGACUUAUCUUCGAAGAGGACGGCAGACAGACAACAGCUCCAGUUCUGGAUGUGAAGGCGCCUCCCUCCAGCACACAGGCCCUGGCCGAGCAGCUCUUGAGCCAGGAGCUGCAGAGUUACUCUCCAUGUUUCCCCCCAGAUGGCUACCACCAUGCCGGCUACCAAUCCCACCAGGGUUACGGUGGCCCUCACGGACCCCCCAGAGCCUUUGACUGCCCCAGCAUCCAGAUCACAUCCAUUGCUCAUAACAAUCACCUAGAGCCCGGCAGCAGCCAUGACGUGGUGGCCGUGGGCGGUGCCGAGGGCGGGUACCCGGAUCCAUCCUGGCCCAGAGACCAGCUCUACCUCCCCAUGGACCCGUGCUACAGAGAAACGGCCCUUUGCCCGAGUCCCUGCAGCAGUCUGUCCUCCAGGAGCUGGAUGUCAGACCUGUCGUCCUGCGAGUCCUUCUGCCAGAAUUACGACGACGUGGAGGCGGAGCUACACGACGCUUCCCUCCUGGCUCUGGGUUCCCCCCUGGAAUCACCUGUAGGGUCUCCGGGCUGUGGAGGGGGGGCGUUUGGGGUAGAGCUGUGGCAGCAGAAGUACCAGUACCCUUCAACGUUCAGCCCGGCGCUGUCUCCCCUUCAGUCGCCCCGUCAGUCGCCCCGUCAGUCUCCUUGUCACUCUCCUCGCACCAGCGUCACAGAGGACAGCUGGCUCAACCGCCGGCCCAACUCCAGGCCGUCGUCCCGACCAACCUCUCCUUGCGGGAAGAGACGGCACUCCAGCGCCGACCCCCACGCCCGCUCCCCCUCCCCUCACCACUCGGCCAGUCCCACCCCGGGAACCUCCCCGCGGGGCAGCGUGACGGACGACACCUGGGCCGGGAACAUCAUCGGUACCCUCGGACCCCUUCUGAUUUCUGGGAACCAGGAGCUCGAUGUCCCUUCCAAGACCAGGAGGACGUCAGGAAGCAAGCUGGGCAUCUCCACCGGUCAGGGAGACCCCAACCUGGAAACCUACCAGGAUUCUCCCGGAGAAGAAGGACGGGAACAAGACGGCCUGGCUGAGCUCUUCCUUCAGGUUCCUUCCCACUUCAGCUGGAACAAACCCAAACUUGGAAACCCUCCGUUGUUCAGGACCUUGUCUCCGCCUCCUCUGGACUGGCCUCUGCCAAACCAGUUUGAGCAUAUUGAGCUAAAAGUGGAGGUCCAGCCUAAGUCCUACCACAGGGCCCACUAUGAGACGGAAGGCAGCAGAGGAUCUAUCAAGGCAUCUACUGGUGGACAUCCAGUCAUCGGGUUGAACGGCUACAAUGAGCAGCCAGUGAGCCUGAUCCUGUUCAUCGGCACGGCGGACGAUCGAUGUCUUCGUCCUCAUUCCUUCUACCAGGUCCACCGGGUCACAGGAAAGACCGUCGCCACCAUCUGUCAGGAAAAGGCUAUGGGUUACACCAAAGUCCUGGAGGUCCCUCUGCUUCCUGAGAACAACAUGUCUACCAGCAUCGACUGUGCUGGCAUCCUGAAGCUGCGUAAUGCAGAUAUUGAGUUGAAGAAGGGCGAGACGGAUAUCGGGCGUAAAAACACGCGAGUACGGGUCGUGUUCAGGGUCGGGGUCCCCCAGCAGGACGGCCUGAUGCUGUGGCUGCAGACGGUAUCUGUUCCUAUAGAGUGUUCCCAGCGAUCGGGCCAGGAGCUUCCUCAGGUGGAGAGCUUCAGUCCAGCCAGCAGCGGUGUGGACGGAGGAGACGAGCUGCUCAUCACCGGAGCCAACAUCUCAGCUCAGUCCAAAGUCGUCUUCACCGAGAAAGGCCCUGAUGGAAGAGUACUGUGGGAAAUAGAUGCCAGAGUUGUGGCGGAGAAAAGUCAUGAAUUCAGCAUCGUCGUGGAGGUUCCCCCUUACAACAAGAAGAUAACAGCUCCAGUCCAAGUCCAGUUCUACAUUUCAAAUGGAAAGAGAAGAAAGAGCCUCAUGCAGAACUUUGUCUAUCUGCCUGGAGUUGGACGUCACAACUCUGCUGCUCCCGGGGUGAAGAAAGAGCGCUGGGAACCAAACAACAUCUCUUACAAUCCCCCUGCUUUCUGUCCAGUCUACAUCCACACACCCUCCCAUGAUUCAGUACUCAGACCCGAUGCAGGUUGUUACGAAUCCUACGACCUCCCCGUGACCUCUGGUCUUCCUGCCCAAAGCGCUCCGUGUCUCCACCAUCCUUUCUCCUCGUCUCUGCCCCUUCAGGCGUCUCUGAUGUUUCCUCCGGCCUCAGCGAUGCCUCCUCCAGCCUUUGCCGUCCCUGCUCCGAUGGCCCCGGCGCCGUCACCGGCGUCCUCCGUCCCCCUUCAGAGCUUAAGCGGCCCGGGCCUCUCCUCCUGUGCUGAAACUCUGAGCAAACAGCCUCUGUUUUUAACGUCCAGGAAUACCUUCAAAACUCCUGCCGACUCCCGCAAAGACUCUCUGCUUCCCAACCCGGGAGAGGUGCUGAGCAUCAAGCAGGAGCCGUUGGACCAGCCUAAUCUGGGAUCCAUCGGCCUGCAAACAAUCACACUGGAUGAUGUGAACGAGAUCAUCGACCGAGACAUCAGCUGUCUGAGCAGCUGCGUGCAGCUGGAGCAGCGGGACCAGUUCCCCUGACGACUGGGACCAGACGUCACCGGAGGCUCCAGUUCCAGAAGACAUCGGCUUCAUCAGAUGUUUGUUUGCAUGAAGUGCUCCAAAUUGUAUGUUCAAGUGCCUGAAGACGGGUCUGCAGCCUUCAAGGCGUCUGCUCUGACCCGGUACUGGCAGAAUACUGUUCCCUCGUCUGUCUCAGGAAUUUUAGUGAAGCCGACCGAUACCUCACAGAAAAACCAAAGAUUUCCACUGUUCAUGACCAAAUUGGACGAACUCUAAAACACCAAGGGCUGUAAUUUGACUUUUAACACAAUCAUCUAUCAUUACAGAUGCUAAAGUUGCACAAAAAUGAGAAAAUCCUUUCAUUAUUUAUUGGCCAGUGAAUAUGAAAAAAAUAAAUCUAUUUUUGAUACUCUGGAUCUGAUCCAGUAAAAAAAAAAAAAACUGAAGUCCUUCAGCUCACGUACAUUUUUAUAGCUUUGUAUGUUUCCUUUAAGUGACAUUCUUACUGUUCAGACUGAACUGCUGUGGUGUGAAGUUGAAGUGAAAAUAAAGAAAAGCGUCUCAG